CAUUGAUGCACCAUGGAAUUGCUUCGCGCUCUUUCAACACGGAAGAAUGCUUGAUUCUCAGUUAUCUGCUCAGCAUUUGGCUACUGAACGAUGUCUAACCGACAUGGCCAUUGCACAUGAGCUUGCAAGGCAAAAAUCUCAAAAAAUAUCGGAAGAGAAAUUGAGGCAAAAGUUGCGUGAGGGUAGCCAAGAACUGCGUGCGCUUGAGGCGAAGCUGAGGAAUGCUUACAUCGCCAAACAACAGCUGAUCCAGAUAGCGGACAAAAAGGCCCGGAUUUGUGAUGAGAUGGCUAAAGAAGCAGCGUAUACCCAUCUAAUGGAGCUCGAACAACGACCCUGUAGGACGAAGUCUGAACAGGAUGAGCUUCAUCGAAAAACAAGGCAGCUACAACUUAAGGCUCAACUGGAUGCCCAAUUGAAUGAGCGAGCCGACAUCAGACGAUUUGCUUACGAGGAGCGCCUCAGGGAUAAAGCUAUGGUUGAGGAAACCACUCGUAGAGUUCAUGAGGCAGAUAAAAAAGAACGUGAAAAGAAAGCGAUGGUGCGACAGUUGCUUAAAGAAGAUAUGAUCCAGCAACGGGCGGUGCAGAAGGCUCUUCGAAUAUGUGAACAUGAAAAGAAUAUUAAAGCGGAACAAAUGGCAACGGAAUAUGUUUCAACGAAGGAUGCGAAGGACGAGAGGAUCAAACAAGAAAACAAGGCGCACCUACUGGCUUCGCAAAGUGUGCAGGAAAACUUACGUACGGCGUUACAAGAGAGAGAAGUACGUGCUCGUGAAUUGGAAAAUGCUAGAGAACGACUAUUGCUAAACGAGAAGGAACAGGAAUUUCAAGAAAGCCAGCGGGAAUCUGUGCAAAGGAAGCUUGCAAUCCAGAAGCAAAUGCAACAGGAUUAUAACGAAUAUUUAAAAGGAAAGCAACAGAAGGCGGGGCUCGAAAGCACCGUACAGCGCCGUAUGGGCCAGUUGCUGAAACUCCAAAUGCAGCAGGAAAAUAUGCGUGCAGACUAUGAGAAGGAAAAAUGUGAACAGCUGAAAAAAGAAAACGCCUCCGCAAUGAGAAAUGCCCUGAGGGAGAAGGAGCAACGCAUGGAAAUGGAGUCUUCAAUUGUUUCAAAGCAACUAGCUGAUCUAGAACAAUGGUCGAAUAGAGAAAAUCGUAUCGUUGAGGAGGAACGUGAACGAAUACUGAUGACGCAUGUGCCUAAACUCGGUGAACACUUACCAAAGGGCAUUUUCCUAAAUAGAGAAGAGAUGGAGAAGACAAUGGGACGCAGCUGAUACUGCUAUCGCUUGUGAAUCACACCUCUGUGGACCGUUUAAACAAGUGUAACUGAGACCCUAAAGUGAAAAAGUGAUCGUGAUGAAUUAGAGAUUGAACAUAACGAUUUUCCAUUGCACUUCUGGAUUACUCUUAGCUGUCAAUGUGUUUGUUCUUUUUCACGUGACCGGGACACACUCAGUAAAG